AUGGAGGUUGAUAAUCAAAAGACAGAGCAUGAAAAUGAGGUAUCACAAGAACAUAAUAGUGCUGGAGAAGUCUUAUCUCGACAGGAAAAUAGUGAACGGAAGGACGAUGAUGAAGAAGAAGAGGAGGAAGAAGAGGAAGACAAAAUAGUAGAAAAAUCACACAACAGCCGUUUUCACAAGCGAAACAAGCGUUUCCCAAAGCAAAUAGAGGGUGUCGACAAUGCGUUUGUGGCAAUAGAACCUAAAUCAGGAAAGGAGGUUAUAUGGAAUGAAUGUAUUUUACCAGAGAAAAAGACAGACAAAGAAGUAGCUGACACUUUCAAUCUCUAA